CCGCCCUCCGGCUUGAACCGCGGUCCCGCGCCGCAGAGGUUGAUGAGGCGGACGCCAACGGCUACGGCCGCAGAGCGGGAGGCAGCGCGGGAAGGCAGCGUAGACGAGCUGGCCUAGCCUGGGGCCCUGGCCGUGGUCUUCUGGCUGAGCCGCCGCUCCUGCGCACUGUGCGGGGCCGCAGCCGUUGGGCGGUGGGAGCUGGAGAGGCUGGGCGAGAUCCGGGGCCCCUGGUGGGUGCGGGAGUGGUCUCUGUGGCCGGGAUAGCCUCUGGCCAUGAUCGACUCGGUGAAACUGCGCCGGGACAGCGCAGCGGACUUCUUCUCGCACUAUGAGUACCUGUGCGCCUUGCAGGACUCGGUACCUUUGCCCGCCGUGCGCACCUGCCUCCGGGAGGGCGUGCUGGACUUCAAUGCCGACCGCCUGCGGGUGGUGGACUGGGCACCCCUCCUGAGCACCCUCAAGAUUAAUAAAGAUCUGCCCGUGAUCUCCAUCAAGAGCUUCUUCCAGCCGUGGCUUGGUGAAACAGGUUCUGACAUAAACAAAGUUUGCAGAAGUCGCGUUCCUGCUAUAAGAUCCAAAGAUGUGACCUUCCAGUUGUGUAAAGCUCUUAAAGGCUGUCUAAGUGUAUCAAGUGUGCUAAGGAACCUGGAGUUAAAUGGACUAGUUCUGAGAGAGAGGGAUUUAAUUAUUUUAACAAAGGGAUUGAAUAAAUCGACUUCUUUGGUGCACCUGUCUCUUGCAAACUGUCCAAUUGGAGAUGGAGGUUUAGAAAUUAUUUGUCAAGCUGUGAAGACCUCUAUCACUCUUAAGACAGUUAACUUCACUGGGUGUAGUCUGACAUGGCAGGGAGCAGAUCACAUAGCCAAGAUCUUAAAGUAUCAAACCAUGAGACGGCAUGAAGAAACCUGGGCUGAGAGUCUUCGCUAUAGGAGACCAGAUCUUGACUGCAUGGCUGGCUUAAGGCGAAUCACAUUGAAUUGCAACUCCCUCAUUGGUGACCUGGGGGCAUGUGCUUUUGCAGACUCUCUUAGUGAGGAUUUAUGGCUUAGAGCUCUUGACCUGCAGCAGUGUGGCCUCACCAAUGAAGGAGCCAAAGCUUUACUAGAGGCCCUUGAAACCAAUAGAACGCUGGUCAUUCUGGAUAUAAGAAAAAAUUCACUCAUUGAUCAUUCUAUGAUGAAAGCAGUUAUCAAAAAAGUUCUUCAGAAUGGAAGGAGUGCUAAGUCAGAGUACCAGUGGAUAACUUCUCCAUCAGUAAGGGAACCAUCUAAAACUGCUAAACAGAAAAAGAGAACAAUAAUUCUGGGAAAUAGUCGAAAAGGAAAAGCUACUAUUAGAAUUGGAUUGGCGACAAAGAAACCUGUAAACAGUGGAAGAAAACACACCCUUUGUAAAGAAUGUGCUUCUGAACAUCCUCCACCUGGUGUAUCUGGUUUCUUGCCAUGGCGUACUGCAGAACGUGCAAAAAGGAGCAGGGGUUUUCCAUCAAUCAAAACCCGUGAUAUAUCUGAUCAGCUGCAGCAAUCAGAUUUUCCUGUGACUGUGACAGUAGAGAGUCCUUCAUCCUCAGAAAUUGAAGAGGUUGAUGAUUCUUCAGAAAGUGUUCAUGAAAUGCCUGAGAAAACUUGUUUAAAACAAGAAGCAUUACAGGGAAAACUGGAGGAGUGCCUAAAGCAGUUAAAAGAGGAAAGAGUAAUAAGGCUUAAAGCUGAUAAACGAGUCAGUGAGCUGGAACAUGAAAAUGCCCAGUUAAGAAAUAUAAAUCUCACUUUGUCUGAAGCCCUUCAUUCACAGUCCGUGGCAAGCAUGAUCCUGGAUGAUGAAGGUGUUUUGGGCAGUAUUGAGAAUUCUUUUCAGAAAUUUCACGCUUUCUUGGAUCUCCUUAAAGAUGCUGGGCUUGGGCAACUUGCCACAAUGGCUGGUAUAGAUCAGUCAGAUUUUCAUUUACUAGGUCGUCCUCAGAUGAAUUCUACUAUUAGUAGUGCACCUAAAGAAGAAAAGAAGGCACUUGAAGAAGAAAAAACAGAUCCAAAGCAAAAUGCCCUAGGACAAAUGCAGAAUAUCCAAGUUUCUAUUUGUAUGCAGUCAGCUUACAAUGAAGGAACACUAAUGAAGUUUCAGAAAAUCACAGGUGAUGCUAGAAUUCCUUUGCCUCUUGACUCCUACCAUGUCCCAGUUUCUACUCAGGAGGCCUCAGGAACUUCCAAAGACAACCUGGGAGACCCAGCUUCUGAGCAGCGGCAGGAAUCUUUUGAAGGAUUCAUGGCGAGAACAUGUUCUCCUUUAGCAGAUAUGAUUUCUGGAACUGGAAAUCAAAGAGAAGAAGAGGAAUUAUCUAGAAAUAGCAGUUCACCCUCAGAGAAAAUGACCCAAGCAGGUGAAUGUACCAAAAAACACUUUGCCAAGAAACAGCCUGGGAAGGACCUGCAUUCUUAUUCUGACUCCUUUAUAAACCAGAAAAGCAAAGGAAUUGGGGAAAAUAGGUCUUUGGUUCAUGAGUCAAUUAAAAGUGAGUCUUCAAAAAAUUACAUUUCUGUCAAGAAAGAAAGUAGAAUAGUGACUGUUUCAUCCAAGACAAAUAAAAGUAAAUCCAGUCCACUAGAACAUUCUGAAAGUGAUACUCUUGGAUCUGAUUUUGAAGUUCAAGAGAGCAUCCAUUCUCUAUCACACUUGACCUAGGUCUAAACCUUCUGAAAUUAUGUUUUUACCUUCAAAUUUUAAUAAAUUUUCUUAUGUUUUUA